AUGUGUCAAGGAGGUGACUUCACCAAAGGUGAUGGCACCGGUGGUGAAAGUAUUUAUGGUGAAAGAUUUGAAGACGAAAAUUUCGAGACCAAGCAUGAUCAACCAUUCCUCCUAUCCAUGGCGAAUGCUGGGAAAGAUACGAAUGGUUCACAAUUUUUUAUUACUACAAAUAAAACCGAGCAUUUGGAUGGUAAACAUGUCGUCUUCGGUAAGGUGAUAAAGGGCAGGUCAGUGGUUCGUACGAUUGAAAAUAAUCCAACGGGCGCCAACGAUAAACCAAUAAAGACUGUCAAAAUUGUCGACUGUGGAGAAUUAAAGGAAGGAGAUGAUUUUGGAAUAAGCGAGCCAGCUGACGGAGAUAUUUAUGAGGAUUGGCCUGAGGACCAUUCUGGAGAGUUGAAACCAGAAGACUACCUUGAAAUUGCUCGGAAAUUAAAGGAAAUUGGCAAUGACCAUUUUAAGAAAUCAGAAUACGAACUUUCUAUCAGAAAGUACACGAAGGCUAUCCGUUAUAUAGAUGAAAUUGGUGAAUCUGAAAAUAUCAAAGAUGAAACAAUCUACGCGUUAAAAAUUCCAUGCUUUCUUAACAAAGCAGCCUGUGCGUUAAAAUUACAAACCUGGAAGGAUGCAAUAGAGGCUACUAACUCAGUGUUGGAAAUGCCUGGGGAAGUUUUGUCUGCAACGGAUAAAGCCAAAGCUUUGUAUAGAAGGGGAUGCGCGAAAGUUGGCAUAAAGGACGAAGAAGAUGCUGUAAAAGACCUAAAAGAGGCUUCUCAGUUAAAUCCAAAUGACGCAGCUAUUUUGAAAGAACUAAACAAUGCAAAGCAGAAAAUUUUGGCUAGGGAGAAGGCUGCCAAAAAAGCAUAUAGUAAAAUGUUUGAAUAG